UCGGUUGAACACUAUCCACACUACUAUAUAUAUGUCAUAUAGAUCUUACUAAAUCCCCCGAAAAAAUACGUAUUACCCGUCUGGAUUAAAUGACAAUUUUUUAAUCUCUAAAAGGAAACUUUUCCGUCGGCAAAACGGUGCUGCGAACAAGGCUGGAAAAACUCAAAACUCCUCAUAGACAUCCAGCUCCUUCAAGUGCUAAACCUACGUGUGUGUUUGUUCUUAACCCAAAACUAACUACUCUUUGCGGCCUAUUACCUCUGAGAUUGAGCGUGUAAUUUGUAGAGGAAUCCUUAACAUUGCCCAACUUCCUUUGUGAUUCGCCCACGUAUCCUUGUUGAAAACUUUUUGCAAAACUUCCUGGCAAGUGUUUAGACUUGUUUAGCUCGGGGAAACUUUCGCACCUUUGUCUUGCGUGUUCGUUCGUUCUGUGAAAAUUGCGAAAAAGUUAAACUCAAACAGAGCUCAGCGCCAAAAAGUCAAAAAAACAAGAGCGACAAGGGAUUUUCUUCUGUCACACGCUUGAAGUAUUGCUGCCAAAAUUUUCACGGACGGUAAUAAGCUCGGUCCUGCAGCCGCGGGCAGAGGAAUGUUUUGCUACCAGUGCCCCCCAGCCCUCCAUCCAUGCGGCCCCCACCCGCCGCGCCUGCCCACCCUCGACUACCCGUUCGCCGCCACCCAUCCAUAUACCAGCUACUCGUAUCAUCCUGCCAUACACGAUGAGACUUUUGUCCGGCGGAAGCAGCGUCGAAAUCGCACCACCUUCACACUGCAACAGCUGGAGGAGCUGGAGACGGCCUUUGCCCAGACCCACUAUCCGGAUGUAUUUACUCGCGAGGAUCUGGCCAUGAAAAUCAACCUGACCGAAGCACGGGUUCAGGUCUGGUUCCAGAACCGCAGGGCCAAGUGGCGCAAGGCGGAGCGCCUCAAGGACGAGCAGCGGAAGCGGGAAAAUGGAGAGAGCAGCAGCUCCCUGGAUAAGCUGCACGACUCCCGUGAAUCCUCGCCAGACAUAACGGGUGAAAUAGACGAUGACAUGGAUGACUUGCCGCCUCGUCAGAGGUCGCACAGUCCGCUGGCCAACGGACAAAUGGAGCAGCAGCACUCGCACUCGCAUUCCCACUCCCAUUCCCGCAGUCCUGGCGGCGGCAUGCACCUGGACUCCAGCGACAACGAGCGCCCGUUGUCCUCCAACCAGUUGACCGCCACUCCGCACUCUGCCUCCCAGUCGCUGGGCUCCAUCAGUGCCGGAUCCCCCUCCCCAUCGGGCAUGCACAGGGAACGGGAGCACACACCUCUGGUCGGAGGCGGUGGUCAGGGACCGAGCAGCCCCUCAAACUCGCGGAACACCGACUCCCCCAUCGAGGUGGGCGGACCAAUGUCCCUGACUACGGGCUCCAGGAUGGCGGCCUCCUCCAACAAUUCGGCCUCAUCCACGCCCACGCCCACCACCCCACAUGCCCCCCAGAUGCCGCACUCUUCGGCGGCUGCGGCUGCCGCUUUUGGAAGCCACAUCUUUGGCAACUUUGGAGGUGGCAGCAAUGCCAGCGAUAGCAACUGCGGCUUUCGUCCCGUUCUGAGUGAGCAGAGCGCCGUGGCAGCUGCGGCGGCGGCAGCAGCGGCCCAGCGGAGCGCCAACCACCCACCGCUUUUCCUGCCACCCCACUUGGCCGCCCAGUUUACCCAUCAGCCGCUUUUCCCGGGCCUGAAAGGCGUCUCUCCAUUCCAGAGCCUGUGCUCAUGCUGCUCCCUGAAGCCCCCGCCGCCACCGGGCUCAUCGGUGGUGGCUCCACUGAGCAUUCCGGUCAGCAGCAGCUCGGCGGCCAGUUCGCCGGAAUCGCCAAAGUCCUCCGGCCAGGGAUCCGUUCAUGAUCCGCGGUCCAAUUCGGUGGCCGAACUGCGGCGGAAGGCGCAGGAGCAUUCGGCGGCACUUUUGCAAUCGCUGCACGCGGCAGCUGCUGCAGGCUUGGCUUUUCCGGGCCUCCACUUGCCACCCCUGUCCUUCGCCCACCAUCCGGCCUUGGGGCAGCAUGUGGUCAAUCACAACAAUAACAACACGAUGAGAAUGAAGCACGAGGCUCAGGACAUGACCAUGAAUGGUCUGGGCCCCGGCUCAGGAUCUGGUUCGGGAUCAGGUUCGGCAGGAGGCGGCACAUCAUCGGCCGCUCUUUUGGAUCUGGCCGAAUCGGCAGUUGCAUAUCAGCAGCAGCAACAUGCCACAUUGUCGCCACCAACCACGCCCACGCAGCAAUCAUCCGGGGGCGUGGCAGCAACGGAGGGCUCUCCAGGAUCAGGAGCGAUUGCAGGAUCGGGUUCAUUGAAUGGAAACGUGGUGCUGACCAAAAUGGAAUAAACAAUAGUUGGCCGAGGAAAAAACGAACAGAGUGUGCAAUGAAAAGGCUGGGUAUUUUAUUUUUCAGAUUUAUAAAUUUGUACAAACUUCAGGCCAUCUUAUUUCCACGCCAUUUUCUUUGGUCUCCAAACAAAGUCCGAGAAAAUCUUUAAAAUGAAAUACCCAAACCAGCGCGUUUGUAACAAUAAACAAUGAAAACAUUUUAAAGUUUAAUAGUAGAAUAAGCUCUAGCCUAACUUUAAUUGAACCAAGUAAACACAAAAGGAAAAAAAAAUUUAUGAAAAAAAAACAAUUAAACAGAUGCACUCGAAUAAAAUCUUAGGUACGUUAGAAUGAUAAUUAGCUGUUGUUUGUUUGUGGCAGUUAGAUUGCGAAAAGAUAACCCCCGAUUGAACCCAACAUAAUCAGCAACAGCCGAGGACAACUCCAAUGAUUAACAAUAUUAAUUAACACGCAAAUGCAUAUGAACAUAUAUACAAAAUCUAAUGCAAUAUAUAUACAUACCUAUAAACUACAGCAUAUAGAUAUAGCUAACGACGAAUCGAACACAUAUAGCCUAGCCUAUGACACUGAAUCGAAAACUAAGUAUAGUAACCGCCAAACCAAUAUUAAUAAAUAUUAAACGAGUUCAUAAAG